AUGGAUCGCGAUGGCAGGAAUCUCGCUUUCGGGUUCCAGCUCCGUCGCGACGCUUCUCGGCGGCUCUGCAUCCUUCGUGAAAACAGCUCACCGUCGCUAGAUCAGUCUCCAACGCUGCCGCCUGUUCUGAGAAGUGCUGUCCGCCAGUGGCAACGACGCCGCGCAAUCGUGGUCGUCUUGCGAGAGUCACAUGUGACAUAUCUCGGUGUUGCUCACUCCACUCUCCGCCAAGUGACUCAUCGAGACAAAGCCACGCCCAACACCAACGAAGGUUCCACACUCAUCCCUGAUGACACCCAUGAGUCUUUUCUUGGUAGAAGCACACAAUCGGCGUUCCGGUCACGGAAAGACUCACUACGGAGUGGCAACCUUUGCUCGCUCACUUCGACUCCAACAUACACUCUCUUCGGCAAGAUGAACGCUCGCUUGGAUAUGCCACUCUACAACCUACACAUUCCUGAUCUUGAAAUGGGCCAGAAACAAAACAGGAAGCGAACGAGGCAUCGUCCUAGUCGCUCAAAAAGACAAAGCUCGGUGUAUGGGAUGUCGAAAGCGGAUCAAUCUGCAACGACAUCGCCCAAACAUAUGUGGUCGACCUCAUGUAUCAAUACUUAUUGGCAAGCUCCCUAUGUGACACCGCUUCAACGACCGCAAUUACUACGAAAAGAGAGUGCGACUUCAAGGGAUCGCAGAAUGUUUGGGGGAGAGGACGAUGACACGAAAUCUGCGAUGGAUCUUCGAGGUCCUAUGCUUGAUGUCGUACUUGGACUUUUUAAUGGCAUCGAUUAUGACGACGCUUUGCGAUGGAGUCUUUUGCUACCAUUGAUCAUGACUUUGAGGCAUCAUCCUCAGUAUGCUUUGGUCACCACUUGGAUAUGUGUACGCUCGGCUCUUGGCUUGGAGCACGAUUUCUAUGGCACGACUUGGAUGCCCGCAACGGCAACGACCAUUUGA